CAUUUUCCACUUAAUCCUCUCCCAUCCCCCUUCAACUCAUCUCCGCAUUAUCCUCCGUGCAUUUGAAUGAUUUUGUCACGGGGGUCUUUCUGCUUUUUUUUUUCUCCCCCUCCCCAUCGCCUCAUUUCUCUCCCCUCCGCCGAUUAUUCUGCUGUUUUCAUUUCUCUCCAGCGUCGAGAAGCGGAAACUGAGCAACUUCACAUGCUGCCUCUUGAUAUUUGACUUUCGCAUGUAGCCUAUAUGUACAUGCAGGAAUGGAUUUAACUCAUAAUCCGAGCACUAGAGCUGCUGGACAUUGAUAAUGGUUGGAAAUAAAUGGAUGUAUAUCGGAAGUGACCGCGACGAGCGUUUCAGAAGAGAAUAAUGUGAAUUUCAGAGGAUCAGCUGUGAAAAAGCAAGCAGAAGAAACAGGGGUUCUCACCAUCUGGAGUUGUGUGUGUGAUACUGGAUUUAAUGUCAGAUGACAGGGACAGUAUGGCAGCACAUUGAAAUAUCCUCAAGACGACUAGAAGACACUUUAGGAGAAGCAGCUCCAUGAUACGGAGAGGAGCAAAAACACGGGAGGAUGUCAACAGAGGCUGAACCUCAAGCAGAACUUAAAGUCACCGUCAAGAAGGAGUCCAGGAGAAGAGGUCGGUUCAGCGUUUUUACAGUGACCGGUCAGGAUCGCAGUGAACAGGCGCUGAUUCAGCGCUACAGAGGUGACGGGAUCCGUUAUAAGGCUAAACUAAUUGGGAUUGAUGAUGUGACGGCGACGCGAGGAGACAAACUGUGCCAGGACUCCAUGAUGAAGCUGAAGGGAAUCGCUGCCUCUGCGCGCUCAAAAGGGAAACACAAGCAGAGGAUUUUCCUGACCGUGUCUUUUGGUGGAAUCAAGAUUUAUGAUGAGCGAUCAGGGGUCUUACAGCAUCAUCACUCUGUUCAUGAAAUCUCCUACAUUGCCAAAGACUCACGAGACCAUCGCGCCUUCGGCUAUGUGUGCGGGAAAAAAGGCAACCACAAAUUUGUGGCAAUCAAAACCAGCCAUGCAGCAGCGCCAGUUAUACUGGAUCUGCGAGACCUUUUCACCCUCAUUCAUGAUAUAAAACAAAGGGAAGAAGCAGAAAAAAAGAGCCAGAAGGAAAAACACUGUGAACAAGUCAUCUAUCAGACUAUUCUGGAAGAUGAGGUUGAUGAUCCGGUGUAUCAGUACAUUGUGUUUGAAGCCGGACACGAGCCCCUGCAUGGCCACCAAUCAGAGGAGAGCGUUUACCAGGUCCCCACAAGUCAGCAGAAAGACGGGAUCUAUGACGUUCCAAAACACCAUCUAAUGGCUAAUAUUAGCCAGGUGGAUCUUUUUGGAGACAUGGCCACCCCGCCAGACAUCCUUUCUAUGCCCGCAUCACCGGCCACCACACUGGAUCCCGGAAGGAGACGACGAUUUGUCCGACCUGAACUCUUCACCCAUUUUAGUCCACCCGCUGUCCCCACAGGUUAUAUGACCAUGGGUGCCCUCCAGGCGGCUCACUGGACGCCCCAGGCCACUCCGAUGGCGUUCGGGGUUCAGACACCGCUCCACAUGGCCCAGAUGCUCCCCGGAGGACAGCCUGUGAUUUGGGGCCAGGCCAACCUCUUCCACUCCCCAGCCACGGGUCAGCAGCAGUGGGCGUUCGUCCCAGCGCAGGCUGUUGGUUUGGGGACGCACCCCAUUUCAGCCGCGGUGCUCCAGGGUCUGAUCCCCCUCGCCAGCAUGCGCCCUCAGUCCUGUGAACCUCCGGAGACGUCCUCAAACUUUAUGAGCCCUCAGCAUUUAGUAGACUCAAGGGGAUCUGAGCAUGCCAUAAACACAGACCCUCAUGAGGAAGUAAUAACUGCGGAGAUUUGCAUAAACAAACAGGACACUAUUGAGCCCUCGGUGGACUCCUGCGAGGAGCUGGAUCUUUCACAGAUGACACUGCAGACUACAGAGCCGUCGACAUCAGCGUCCGCUACUGAUUCUUGUGCGACUCCUGAUCCGGAGAAGCAAACCACCGCAGAUGCCACUUCAGUAGAGGAAUUACAGGACAGCUCAGUCAGUGUGCCAGAAGUUUUGGAGAAAGCAGCAGAUGCUCAGAUAAAUCCUCCAGACUCUUCCCAGCAGGAUGCCUAAAGAGCGACGUCUUCUGGGAAGAGCCACUGAAGAGGAAACAAAGCGGAAGGGACUGAAAAUAACUGUGCUGAACUUUGUGGGACGUUUCACAAAGUCUGAUGACCGAAAACUGACAGACUGGAUCUAUUUUAAUGAAUAAAGUGCACCUUUAGCUCGCAAAGGACAGAGUUUGACUGUCUUAUCAAUAGCCGGGAAUGAAAUACUCAAGAAAUGAAAUAUUUUUUUGCAAAAUAAAUCUAAAAACUGACGCAAUGUGGGAAGCGAGGCCAGUGGGAUCACAGUAUGAUGGACGUGCAAAUGCAUGAAGUCAAAGACGAAUAAAAAGAGUUUUUUAGAAGCCAAAAAAUAAUAAUAUUUAAAUUAAAAUCAUCUUUUUUUAUUUAAAGGUGCAGUAGGUGAUCUGCCAAAAUGCCAUUCAUUAGCAUAAUAACUUUGAAAACACAGUCCCUCUCCUGCCGUCCAAAGCCACGUGUCCUGAACUCACACAUUAAAGAUGACAGAAACCCACUAGAUCAUGUCAUUCGCCAGUUAGAAAACAUUAAAAUACUUAAUACUACAAUUCCCAACGAAAAAUGGUAUUAUAUCUAGCACGUUUUCAGCUGUGGAGCAAGCAAAACUUGCCAUAAUGUGCAAUAUUUCAUGCAUGCAAGGAUCGCUCAUCUAUUGGAGCAGCGCAUGUGAGAUGCUGGUUUUCUGCGCACAUGCGUCAGUUUGCUUUCACCAGCAUUGUUUUAGUCAACCCAGGCUCAUUCUGAAAGAGUAGCCCCGCAGACGUUUCUGUAGAGCGCAAAAUACGUCCCGGGAGGUACGUAUUUGUGCAGUUUUUGUUUUUCGACAAUCCGCGAGAGAUCACGCUCGCGCUGGUUGUAAAAAGCCACCAGAGGCAGCUGUCGAGUGACCGUCUGUCUGACUGACUGAAUGACCGAAUGACUAAACCAGGGGUCACCAACAUGGUGUCUGUGGGCCCCAGGUAGCCCACCAGGUUCACAUGAGCUGCCCGCGGGCCUGUUCUAAAAAUAGCUCACCAUAGCACCACAUAUGAGUAAGCUGCAUCUAAUAUUUUUAUAGGGAU